CAAAAAAAGGAACCGCAUUCUGCGGUUUUAUUGCUGAAAUAUAUCCAACUAGAAGUGCCAUUGCUGUUGUUCAGAUGUUUCAGGCGAAUGGUUUGUUGCAAUGUCGUCAAAAAUGCAGUGGAUUCAGUUCACGUGGGCUGUCGUUUGUCUUGUGUUUUUUAGGGACUUUUGCCACAUUUCGGAUCCAUCAGCUGUUCUACACGGUGGCGUCUCUCAACACGCUUUCAUCAAAUCGGUCAGCGAUGCAAACUUGGUAUUUGAGUUCUUAUUGAGUGGCCUCGUGAUUGAUGCUGACAACAACGUUGCCUUGCGGGAUGAAGAGAUGGCAUCGAUGAAGCAGGGCCGAGCUUUCUUAAGCCUUAUAAACGACAACGUACCCAAGACCGUGCCCGCAAUGGAGGAACUGCUAGCCACUCUGGAGGAGGGCGAGCAGUCAUUCUCUCAGUCCAGGUUUGAGACCCUCAUCCUAGGAAUGAUUUACUCAGCCUACCAGGUCCAAGAGCAAGACCAUGCUUGGCCAUGGGUCCUUGGGCGCCUAGCAAACGUCACCCUCAAUCAGCUACGCAGGUUUUAAAUAAUCCCACAGUGAAUCUACAAGGCAGUUUCAAAGUCCAGGUCCUCACGUUUAGCCAGUGUGUAUGCCUCACAGACUGUCAGAGAGAACCCUGUGUAUUUUGAGAUCUUUAGGUAAACAUGUUACUACUCACCCCCCCAUUAGUAAAUACCCAUGCUGUUUUAUUUUUUAACUUUUUGUUUCCAAUAUGACUCUUCCUUGCUAUUCUAACCAGUACAAAGUAUAUUAUAUGAAUAAACAAUGUUUAAAAAGUUAUAAAGUUUAAAAACUGGAAAAAUAUCUUAAAAUAAAAAAAAGCUGUAUGAAAAUGGAUACAUCAUUGUCUUACAACGAUGUCUAUUGUACAUAUAAUCUUUAAGUAGCGGCAGAGCCC